AUGCGUCUGGCCUUCGCUGCUGCUGGAGCUCUCGCUGCUGUUUUCGCUUGCAGUGAUGGGGGUUCUACUGGUAUCAUCUCGAAUGAUAUUCUCGUGCCCGGUGUAUCUCUCGCAGCUCGCGUGUCGGAUAGCAAUGUCAACAACAUGGACACGACGAGACUUCUGCGGGAGUCUCUGGCUGACGAUCAAUCGACAACGUCUCUGGAAACUGAGGAGAGAGUUGGCCUAACUGCACCUGGAGAAGAGGUGCUGGCGAUAGAAAGUGCGAUACGAGGUAGCGCUGUGGCCACACCGGAGAACUCAAGGAUCGGCUCUAUGGUCAGGGGUGACCAACCCGCGUCAUCCGAGAGCGUAUUUGGGACGAUUUGGGUCUUUGUGGAGAAGUUGAAGGGCUUUGUCGUCGACGGUGAAUCGGUCAGUGAGCGCUACGAGAAUGGCUUGUCAAGGAACGCAGAAUUUGGGGAGGCAGGUGAAAAGGCCAAGACGGCCAAAAAUGGCGGAGUCAUCCCUGGCGAUGAACCCAAGAUCGCAACAACUGGCCACAUUCACUAUGAUGGUAAUGCCAAGACAGCAGCGGAGGUGAAAUAUCCUUCUUACGCUCUGGCCAAGCCAGUCGUCACUCGCGAGGGUCGCCAUGAUUUGAAUGCCGAGACAGCAGCGAAAAUAAAAGGUCGCUCCUAUGCUGAGGCCGAGCCAGUUGUAAACGGCGAGGGCCGCCAUGAUCCGAAGGGUGUAAAUGGUAUAAUUGUCCCGAAGAAGGACGCUUAG